AUGAUGGUGUCACUUCUGCUGCCAGCAAGCUGGACGCUUCAAUGUCGCAGUGGGCUUUUCCACCUCGUGUGUCUCCUGCUCACGGCGCUUCUCGCUUUCGCCUCGACAACACCAGCGGUGUACGAAACCGACGAGUACAUUCGCAUCCAGCCCGAACUCGCCUCCAUCACCCAGAAGCUAACGAAUCGAACUGUACUCGCCUACAUCACGCCCUGGAAUGCACGUGGGAUCGAUGUGGUGGAUGAGUAUGCGGAGAAGAUCGACAUGGUUUCGCCUGUCUGGUAUACGGUUCUCGUCGAUCGAGAGGUGGUUUCCAAGGGUGGGGGUAAUGCGACGUACGUUCUCAGCGGUGGACCACCGAGUGAGAAAGAGCGAGAAUGGGUGGAAUCGAAGCUCAAGAAUCGAGAAUCUAGGGUGAAGAUCGUUCCACGGUUCUAUCUAGAUUCUUGGCAACAGAACGAUUACGCCGACCUGCUAUCCAGCCCUUCCAACUGGAACCGUCUCUCCCAACUCAUCACCACCGAAGUCUCCACCAAAGGCUACCACGGAAUCGUGUUCGAAUCAGCAGCAACCCAUCUUCUCUUCGAGCCAAUCUCCCUCCUCUCCUCCUCCCUCAAGACCACCGACAAAUCCCUCACUGUAGUCCUUCCACCUCUGCGAACGCAAUACUCGCUAAAUGGGAUCAAGCUCGAUAGGAUGCAACAAAGUCAAAACACGAUGAUCAAACAGUCCAUACCACAACUGGCAGCUGUGGUGGAUUACUUUUCGAUCAUGACGUACGAUAUGUCGGGGGCAGGUGGAAGAGCGAGCAAGAUGGAAGGGAAGGAUUUUGGGAAGGAGAGUCCGUUGCGGGGGGCUAAGAGGGGUACGCUGAGAGAAGCUGGUCCGAAUACCAGCGGCAAGUGGAUUGGAGAGAAUGUCAGGUUGAUUGCGGAGGCGACGAGGGACGCGAGCAGAGCGAGAGAGGAGAGGAGGAGGAAGCAGAAGGCAGAGGCAGAGGCGGAAGCGGAGCUGAACAAGGAGGCAGGAGAAGGAGGAGACGAGGAGGUGGAGAGGUUGAAGGAUCCUAGCAGUCCCUUUGCGUAUGAUGAGUUUGGUGGUGAGGAAGUGCUCGAUGAAGCCUCGGUCGAUUCGCAAACUGAGGAACGAGACGGGGAAAAGGCCCCAGCAGAACAGCAGGCGGAAGCGGAACAGCCUGAAGAUUCACUCUCCCUGAUCAAAGGGAAGCUCCUCAUGGGCAUGCCAAUGUAUGGCUACCGCUACCCCAUCUUCUGGAUCGACAAGACCACCGGUCAAGGCAUCAUCGUCUCACCACCUCUGAACCCAGACGAAGGGAAGGAACUCUUCUCGCGCACCUCAUCCUCCUCCCUCCUUCCCUUCCUACGCGGACCCGCAGAAGCCGUGACGAUGGACGCCAUCCUCACCAUCCUCAGCGACCACGACGGAGUCAUCAUCGACCCCAAAGACGACGGAGAGGGCUGGUUCGACUACACCGAGACGGUGACGAGCGAGUCGGCCAAAGGAAAGGAGAGUCAAGGGCUGAAACCGGGGGAUGAGAUCUAUUGGAGGAUGUACCUGCCACUUCCCUCGACGACACAGACGAGAUUAGAGGCGUUGGAGGGGGACAACGAGGAUGUCGGAGCAGGGGUCUCGCUUUGGGAACUUGGCCAGGCGAACGGCAUGCUGCUUCAUGCGCUGUAG